AUGCAUUUGCUUUAUUUACUUUCGUUUUCAUCUUUUUCUACUCAAUCUUUUCAAUUCUCACUCAAUGAUGAAAGAUUUGUCAAAAUCGAGAAAAAAUCGGUCGCAGACUCGUGGAAUCGAAAAUUUUUCAACUCUCCGAUGUAUCAACAAGCAAAAAGCUUAGAAGUUUCUGAGUCAACUCUUUUCAUUUUCAAAGCAGUUACUUUAAAUCGAACUAAUGAAAGAAAAAAUGAUCUGCGAAUCGCUGGAGUCAACAACAGAAAAAGUGGACACUUGCAACAAAAACCAGCGAAUCUCAAAAUUAUUGACAACAAUCGAGAUGUCGCUUUUUCAAUGUCAACUUUUUCUGGGAAAUGUAAAUUCAAACCGUUUCUGAUCGAAUCUCGACCCAGUGAGCUCUCGUCAGAGAUUUCUCUCGAACGUCGAAAUGGAAGAACCUCAAAAAGAGUGCCCAUUUCUCUUGACACUGUUCAUUUAGGGGAAAUUUAUCAAUUCUUUCAAACUCAUCCAUUGGAGUGGGUUGACGAUUUUGCGAUGGUUUCCUUGAUCAUCGAGCUAAUGAUCCGACACGAUAAAACAGCUGUCGUCCUUCCCGUUGUUUCUGUAACUGAAAAUGUGAUGAAAGUGUUGAAAUUCUAUGAGAAACAAACGAAAAUCACCCUCUUCCCACUGCCAAUGAUUCCAUUUGGAGAAAAGCUGAAUCCGAACAAAGCCUUCUCGUGGGAUGCAUUCACUUAUCGUCUAGCUCUUAAGCUUUUUGGCGGUGCUGAUGACGGGGAUUUCUCUCAAUCAGCUCAAUCUCAAGUCUGGAUUGACACGAAUGAACGUUUUCCUAGCAAACGUCGGACUUGGGUUUUCAACGAUGUAGCUAAAUCAAUUUACGAAGGCAAAGAACUCGACAAGAACCUCUGGCAAAAAUGGGAUCUUUCUGGAGAAGAAAUCAACACUGUGAAACGAAUCUUUGGCAAUGCAAAGUCCACUUUGAGCAUAAUUUUUGCUGAAAACUUACCAAGUAGAAUGAAAGUCAAUAAGAGAUGGGAAUGUUAUAAGAGUGAGUGCUCAAACUGGCUCGAGGAUUGCUAUGAAGUGAUGAUCACAGAAGACGAUUGGAUAUUUGCUCAAUCAAAUUCGAAUCAUUGGACUGUUCUU